UAACAUAUUUAUCUCUAAAAAUAGAAAGGAACAACCUCAAAUAGAUUUUACUGAUGGGGGGAGUGAGAGAGUGGGUGUUGUUUGUUUGCUAUAUAACCUGAAUCUCUUAUUUCCAUGGAAGAGACUCCCCGAGAAGUUUUCUCAACCUUUGCAAUAUUGACCAAACAAAAUUUUACCUUCCAAAUUUCUUGUUAACAAAUCAUUCACUUCAUUCAUCCAUUGUCUUUCUUCUUUCUUCUUCUUCCUCUCUCUCUCUCUCUCUCUCUCCUCUCAAAGAGCCAAGCCAGCCUAACAAUGGCUGCAAACCCUCUGUACCCUUUUCCCUAAAAAAAAAAUCUCAUUCCCAAAGCUUCCCCCUCAAAAAAAGGGACAGGAUGGCCUCCUGGAGAAGAAGACUCCCUUCUCUGCCACUCCUGGGCCUCCUGUCUUCCCUCCUCCUAAUCCAAUGGCCCCAACCCGUGGCCGAGGCAAGCAAUGCCGCUGCUGCUGGCGGUGUCCACCACAGCCUCAUCCGGAAACCUACGUCCCCAAACGUCCCGGUGUUCCGGGAGGCGCCGGCGUUUAGGAAUGGCAAGACGUGCGGGUCCCCGGAGACGUCCCCAAUCCACGUCUCAAUGACCCUGGACGCGAACUACCUCCGGGGGACAAUGGCGGCGGUCUUGUCUAUCCUGCAGCACUCGACGUGCCCUGAGAACUUCGAGUUCCACUUCCUGUGCGCACGCUUCGAGCCUGAGGUGUUCUCCAGCAUCAACUCCACAUUCCCCUACCUGAGGUACAAGGUUUACCGGUUUGAUUCCAACCGGGUCCGGGGGAAGAUAUCGAAGUCGAUCAGGCAGGCCCUAGACCAGCCCCUUAACUAUGCUAGGAUUUACCUGGCUGAUAUGUUGCCGUUUCAUGUGAACCGGGUCAUCUACCUUGACUCCGACCUUGUGGUGGUGGACGACAUCGCGGAGCUUUGGGAGGUCAACCUGGAGGGCAAGGUGGUGGCGGCGCCAGAGUACUGCCAUGCCAAUUUCACCAAAUACUUCACCGAACUGUUCUGGUCCGACCUGAACCUGGCCCGGACCUUCCAGGGAAGGAACCCAUGCUACUUUAACACCGGGGUGAUGGUGGUCGACAUUGACAAGUGGAGGAAGGGAGGGUACACCCAGAAAGUCGAGGAGUGGAUGGCCAUACAGAAGCAGAAGAGGAUAUACCAUCUAGGCUCGUUGCCACCCUUCCUGCUGGUACUGGCAGGGAACAUCAAGGCGGUCGACCACCGAUGGAACCAGCACGGUCUUGGUGGCGAUAACCUCGAGGGAAAAUGCAGGGGCCUGCACCCUGGCCCGAUCAGCCUCCUCCACUGGAGUGGGAAGGGCAAGCCCUGGCUGAGGCUCGACUCGAGGAAGCCUUGCACUGUCGAUCAUCUGUGGGCCCCAUACGACCUAUACCGCCCCGCCACCCACUCUUUGGAGGAAUGACGGAGAGCCGAGCUCUUGGGUCAUGAGACGAGGAGGGGGAGAUGGAGUUGAAGGUAACCGUGGUUGGAUUAUGGACAAGGAAGAACUGGAAAGCUACUCAUGUCAUUUAUCUAAUUCAAUCUUUGUGAGGGCAAACGAUCCAUUCGAGAAUAGAAAAAAUCGUUCUUACAAUAUAUUUAAAGGAGGAUUCCUUUUGGUGCAUAACAUUAGAAUUAUCAUGUUUUUGCAAUGGUGUUUUUAUUCGAAAAUUGGCCUC